UGUGAAGAGUACAAAGACAUCAUAGACUCUGUGCUGAGGGAUGAACAGCAAUUCACGAAGAAGCUGACAGAGAAGCUCAGACAAGCUGAGGAGCUCGGGCAAUAUAAAGCCCUGGUUCACUCUCAGGCACGAGAGCUGACCCAGUUACGGGAGAAGUUACAGGAAGGGAGAGAUGCCUCCCGCUCACUGAAUCAGCAUUUCAAGGCCCUCCUCACUCCUGAUGACCUUGAAAAGUCCCAGGGUCAGGACCUCCGAGAGCAGCUGGCUGAGGGGCGCAGGCUGGCAGAGCACCUUGCUCACAAGCUGAGCCCAGAAAAUGAUGAAGAUGAGGAUGAAGAUGAGAUGGAUGAGGAGGUUGAGAAAGUACAGGAAUCACCUGCCCCCAGGGAGGUGCAGAAGGCUGAAGAAAAGGAAGUCCCUCAGAAUUCACUGGAGGAAUGUGCUGUCACUUGUUCAAAUAGUCACAACCCUUCUAACUCCAACCAGCCUCACAGGAGCACCAAAAUCACAUUUGAGGAAAACAAAGUUGACUGUGCUCUGGUUGUAGAGAGUGAACGCUUUCAUGAUGAAGAGGAGGAAGCUCUAACCAUUCUCCCAGAAAAUCAAAAUGAUCAUGAGGAAGAGGAGGGGAAAGCGCCAGUACCCCCCAGGGCAGUCAUAUCCACCCCACAUUUAGAAGGAUGGGUUUUCUCUCUUGGAGGAGACUCCCCCUUCACUUUCUGUGACCCCUCCCUUUGUAUCUCAUCAAAUCACAUGACAUACUGUGGUGUUGAAUCACUCUUGGACUUAACAGGGGAAUGUGUUUUGUCUCAUUCUGGACAGCAUGACAUGUCCAACCAUUACCUGCAUAGUGAAGUCUCUUUCCUGGCACUGGAUGAAGAGAAAGUUUGCUCCACUCAGGAUGUUGCCAAGGAUGACUCCAAUUCCAAAUGGGAUGAGACUUCACUUGGCUUUCUGGAACAGCGAAAUGAUCUUGAAGAGGUGAAAGGACAAGAAACAAUUGAUCCCAGGCUCAGCAGGGGACCGCUGAGGGUGGACAAGCAUGAAGUCCCCCAGGAGUCACUGGAUGGAUGUUGCUUGACUCCUUCCAUCCUUCCUGAACUACCUCACUCCUACCACCCUUAUGGGAGCACUUCGUACUGUUUUGAAGAAGAGCAAGUCAGCUUGGCUCUUGUAGACAAAAUUCAAAAGGAUCAAGAGGAGGUAGAAGAUCAAGACCCGCCAUGCCCCAGGCUCAGCCAGGAGCUGCCAGAGGUGAAGGAGAAGGAAAUCCCAGAGGACUCCGUGGAUGAAGUUUACUUGACUCCCUCAGUUCACCAUGACCUGUCUGACUGCCACCAGCCUUAUAGCAGCACAUUGUACUCAUUGGAGGAUCAGUUUGCCUGCUCUGCUCUGGAUGGAGCCUCUCCCACCCAGGCAGACUGUCCCCAAGGGACUUGGAGUGGACACUUGAGCCACCACCUGUCAGAGGUGCAGGCUUCACAGGAACAGCUGGAGCCAAGCACCCUGGCGUCCAAUUGUCUGAGACUACAGCUGGAUCAAGGGUUCUACUAUGGAAAUGACUUGGCCAGGCGGGGCCCCUCCUCCACCACCUGCAGCUUCACAGCCAAUGCUGAUUCUGGGAACCACCGGCCCUUCCAAGAGCUGGUUUUAGAGCCCUCCCUGGGGAUGAAGAACCCUCCCCAGCUGGGAGAUGAUGCACUUGAAGGCUCAGCAGACAACACACAAGGGCGUCAAGUCAUUGGCCAGAUUCAUGCCUCCAGUGUCCUGAAACCGAAGAUCAUCAAAAGAAAACUCCCACUCAGCAAGUGGAGACUGUCAUGCAGAUUCCCUGGCCUGCAAGCUUAGGGUGCAGAGAUACCAAAUACUGCUGGAAGGAUGCAAAGGAUGAAAGGAUGUCACAAAAAGUAGCUUUUCCACUUGAUGAAAACAACUAAAACAGCAAAGCAAGUUCAAAUCCAAACACAAUACUGCAGGGGUCCUUCACUGAGGAUUGAAUUUUAGACACAGAAUACUCUUGAUGAUUUCAACCCACUAUGCUCCUUUGAUUUGAGAAGCCACAGUCCAUCCCCCUCCAAUUGUGAUCAAUGCCUAGGGAGACCAAUGCCCAGAUGGACAAACAGCAUUGACAGGCGUUAGCCCUGCUCCUCUCAAUUCCCAUCGUGUAGAGAACAGGAGUCAGGAGCUGCUGGUAGGAGACGGCAUG